GAUUAGGCCCAUCUGCCCAUACAAUCCACAACACAAACCAGGCUGCCUGAUCAUUGACCAUGAGGUCGCUAAAGCAGUCGGCGUAUGUUAGCAUCGUCCACCAAUUUAUCCCCCGAAUGUUCCCUCACCAGAUUGUCGUCUUUCCUCUUUUCAAACGCCAAAACCCUAGAAACUCUCGGAAUCGAUGAAAUUAGGGUUUCCAAUGUAAGAAUCCCAUGUUCGUUUUUCUAAUUUGGCGUUGAUAUUUUGUUUCAUUUCCACAUAACCUGGUAAAUAAGGGUUUGUACGAUUCGUAUUAGGGUUCCAAUCGUUUCCGUUUUCUUGGUUUUGAAUCGCUGAAAGUUUGGAAAUUUUGCUUCAAUAAUGUUUUAUAUAGGUAAGAUUCCUGGGCUUUGUAGCUAGUAAUUACUCUGCAAGAAUGGAAAAUUUGUGAGUUUGAACUGGAAAAUUAGGUUUUCUACAGAAUCUGUACGUUUUUGAGUUAAGAUAUGAGUUUUGGUGGUUUUUUCUCUCGCACCGGAGAGAGAUCUGUGAUUUGGAGCUUGAAAUUAUGCUUGCUUAUUAGAAUCAUGGGUGAUGCUGUUUUUAGAAUUUGACUCUUGAGGGUAAAGUGAUCUUUUGGUGGUUGGGCUGGGGGUUUUGGGAAGAAAUAAUUAUGGGUAUUUUUUUAUUUUUCACUUUCGAUGGUAUGAAAUGUAGAAAAUGAUGAUUAGGUACUUGGGAUUAGGGUUUUGUGGAAAAUAAUUUAUCAUUCAAGGUUUUUGAGCUACCCAAGUGUGCUUAAAUGGAUGAUACAGAGGAUGAUGCAAGGUAUCCUCCAAACCCUUAUGGUGUGAACCACCCUCAGGGUUAUGGUUCUUCACACCGUCCAAAGCUUCCAGUGAGGAAUACUUCCUAUCAGAGGCGAAUUGGUAAUCAAUAUGUUGAUGAAGAUGUUGAGGAUGAAGAUGAUGAGGAAGAUGAAGAAGAAUUAGGACAUGAAGAAGAUGAGGAUGUUGAUCAGAACAAUGCUCUUGGACAAGUAAGCAAAGAGGAGGAGGAUGACGAUGACGAUGAUGAAGACGAUAACAAUGACAAUGACAAUGAUGAGGAUGAAGAUCAUGACAAUCAGAAAGAUCAUACAAGGAGGGUUGAAGAUGUUAGUUUAGAGAGGCACCAAAAGAAGCGGAAGCUAAAGAGCCUGAUUUCAAGUUAUGAAUUUGCUCCACGUGUAGCAGUGCCUUCAGCUGUGGCUGCUCCGGCCCCAAAACCAUCCUUUGGUGGUCGUAAUUCUCUUACAGAUUGGACUGAACAUGAAACAUUUGUCUUGCUAGAUGCUUGGGGCGAUCGGUUUCUUAAACUUGGGAGGAAGAGUCUUAGAUCAGAGGAAUGGCAGGAAGUCGCAGAGAAGGUUUCACGGGAGUCAAGAACCGAGCGGACAGAUACUCAGUGCCGGAAUCGUUUGGAUACACUGAAGAAGAAGUAUAAAAAGGAGAAUAUGAAGUCAGGGGAGACUGGUGGUGGCACUAAUAAAUGGGUUUAUUUUAAGAAGAUGGAUAUGUUAAUGUCUGCAGCGCCACGUCAAGCUGGGCUUUCUUGUGGAUUGGACUCAGGAGAGUAUGUUUUCAUGAACCCUAGAGUUUAUUUGAACCGUCCAAAUGGGUUGGAUGAGAUGAGGGACAGUCCAGGGAAUUCAGGAUCUUCAGGAGGUGAGGAGGAUGAUUCAGAUGGACUUCCACCCAAGAGAAAAAGCUGUGGACAGGACAAUAAUGAGGGAUCUUCCUUCAGAUUGCUAGCAAAUUCUAUUCAGAAAUUUAGCGAGAUAUAUGAGAAGAUUGAGAAUAGUAAAAGGCAGCAGAUGGUUGAACUGGAGAAAAUGAGGAUGGAUUUCCAUAGGGAUUUGGAAUUGCAGAAGAGGCAAAUUGUAGAGAGGGCACAAGCUGAGAUCGCAAAAAUACGGCAAGGUGAUGAUGAAGAGACUGAGGUUUCUACUGAGAAUGUCAGUGGGUGAUGCAACCAAACCUGAUAAUAUAUCCUUGAUAUUAUUUAGCAUAUCGGUUGCUUGCUGUUGUUGUAUAAUAUGGGGGCACCCUUUUGUCAUUUCGAAUUUGUGAUCUGUAAUGCAAUAAAAUUGUUGAAGGUAAUGUAGUGAAAAUAUUAGCUAGUAGUAAUAACAAAACUUAAUAGAUCCUCGUAGUUGUUAUUUA